UGUAGGCUACUGUUUUUAACUGUAGUCUACAGUGUGGGUGUUUCAUCAUAAGGUGCACCAACUUUCCGUGGCACUGAGCGACCAGGGACCGGCUUGGGCAUCUUGUCACUGGGACUGCAUCUGUCUCCUCAAUCAACAGUCAGACGAAAUCUGGAUUCUAUUUGCUGAAGAGGAGCGACUUGGACACAAUUAUAGGACACACUAAUAGAAACCAGCGCACCCGUCGGUCACCGCAAAUCUGAUGUUUCAUUCAUGCUCGUAAUUUUUUUUUAAUCACCGUUAAAAGUUUUACACUUCCUGGGCCUGAAAAGUUUCACUUUUCAACGCAGUUUUCUUGGAGCAGAAGUCUUCAAUAUGAGCAAGCCUGCUGGUUCAACAAGUGGUUGUUUGGAUAUUUUAAAUGUCAAAUCUAGUCGGAUUCUGGACAUUCCAUGUAAAGUGUGUGGCGACCGAAGUUCUGGAAAGCACUACGGUGUUUACGCGUGUGAUGGCUGCUCGGGAUUUUUCAAGAGAAGCAUCAGGAGGAACAGAACGUAUGUCUGCAAAUCUGGUACACAGGGCGGUUGUCCAGUAGACAAGACACACAGAAAUCAGUGUCGUGCUUGUCGCUUGAAAAAGUGCCUAGAAGUGAAUAUGAAUAAAGAUGCAGUGCAGCAUGAGAGAGGACCGAGGACCUCAACCAUUCGGAAGCAGGUGGCACUGUAUUUCCGAGGGCAUAAAGAGGUGAACGGUUCGUCAGCUCACUUUCCAUCCACGUCUAUCCCGGGGCCGCCAUUUUUCACCACAGUCACGCAACUGGAGCCGCACAAUCUGGAUUUAAAUACGGUUGCAAGUACACCGGAGCGACAGGCCAUUGUGGGUCUCGCACAGCCCACACCGAAGUAUCCUCAUGAAGUUAGUGGCACUCCCAUGUACCUGUAUGAAGUGGCAACUGAGUCUGUGUGCGAGUCAGCCGCGCGCCUGCUCUUCAUGAGCAUUAAAUGGGCCAAGAGUGUCCCGGCCUUUUCCACGCUCCCUUUACCUGACCAGUUGAUCCUAUUAGAAGACGCAUGGAGGGAACUAUUCGUACUGGGCAUAGCGCAAUGGGCCAUUCCAGUGGACUCCAGCACUCUCCUAGCUGUUUCAGGAAUGAACACAGAGAACACCGAUUCCCAAAGGCUAAACAAGAUCAUCUCUGAGAUCCAGGCGCUGCAGGAGGUAGUGACGCGUUUCAGACAGCUUAGACUGGAUGCAACGGAGUUUGCGUGCCUAAAGUGCAUCGUCACUUUCAAAGCAGUUCCAACACACAGUGGUACGGAACUAAGAAGCUUUCGCAACGCAAGUGCCAUUGCAGCCCUGCAAGACGAGGCCCAGCUGACUCUGAACAGCUACAUUCAUAGCAGGUACCCCACUCAGCCAUGUCGCUUUGGGAAACUGUUGUUACUCUUGCCUGCUCUACGUUCAAUUAGUCCAUCCACCAUUGAAGAGGUGUUCUUCAAAAAGACCAUUGGAAAUGUCCCAAUCACACGAUUGCUCUCCGAUAUGUACAAGUCUAGUGAUAUAUGAGCUACCGACGACCGAGAAAGAAACAAAUGUAUCUUUGACCUUGGCAUUCGCAUGGACGCUGAGACGCUGUGGAUGUCAGUUGAAGCCCUAAUGUGAUACUACAGGCACUUGUUUGGAUAAUAAAGCUCUACCAAUGUCCAGAUGUUAUUUCGCAGGGAAUUUAAGAAAAGACUGAAUCUCUGGUUAGGGGAAAAAAAAAAAAGAAAAUUUAACCGAAUUCUAAACAGUAAUUUUCUAACUGAUUUAUUAUGAAUCUAUUUAAGUUCGUUUAUGGAAGUAACUUAACAAGUUUAAUCUGUUCUCGUUCUAUCAAGAUUAAAUACAAAAUAAUCUUAGUUUGUUGUCAUACAGUUUAAAUGGAGUGUCCGUGAUAUAAUGUACAAUCAUUCACUAUGAUGGGAUGUAUCAUUGUGUCCAGUUGACCGGCUACCAUUAUGACCAAUGGUGUUUUAUUUCAGCAUUACUUUCAUGAUUAAUAUUCUGUCCACACAAACUUUGAAGGAAACCAAAAAUAAAUAAACCAUGAACUAGCAUUGCAGGGAAGUAGGUUGCUGUCCCUUUGACAUAGUGCUGAAAACCAAAGGCCCAUGAGUCAGAACUGUUAUAAGAACAUGUUAAGGUCAUUCCUCCAGCAGUUCCAGCUCCAAUCAAAUACACCUGAGCAGCCAAUCAAAGUCUUGGGGUUACUUGAAAGGUACAGGCAGGAGUAUAGAGGGUUGGAAUUAAACUCUGAAGGACUGAGCACCACUGACUUCAUGCAUCACGUAAUUACAUAUUCAGGUGACUGGGAGGCCACAGCACCCUUGUGACCUUAACAUAAGAUUAGGGUUCACAGACAGGGCAUUUGAAAUACUCUGGAUAUUUCUGUUGCAAUUGUGUUUUCUGUGCAGCCACACAACAAAUGUAAUUAAAUUGAUGUUUAAAACCUGUUUCUGCUGGAUAAGAGGCCAUAUCAGAGGUCACCAUUUAAAACCUUUCUUUGAGUAGUUACUAACUCUGGAAAAGAAACACA